AGAGAGGCAGUGGGCGGGGAAGGGGCGGGAACCCUCAGCCUCGGUGGCGGUCGUGGACACGUCGAGCCGGGCAGAAGCGGAGGGGGCUUCUGAGGAGUCGUGAAAGGGUGAGGUUAAGAUUCUGUGAGGGAGGCACCAGUGGCUGGAUUCGACCUGGGAAGAAUCUUCUACUGAUCCUCAACUUUGCCUGGAAAAAUGAAUCAUUCUCACCAUCACCCGACAACUUCAUCCUCACACUCCCAUGGUGGAGGAGACAGCGACAUGAUGAUGAUGAUGCCUAUGACCUUCUACUUUGGCUUUAAAAAUGUGGAACUCUUGUUUUCCGGUUUGGUGAUCAAUACAGCUGGAGAAAUGGCUGGAGCUUUUGUGGCAGUGUUUUUACUAGCAAUGUUCUAUGAAGGACUCAAGAUAGCCCGAGAGAGCUUGCUGCGUAAGUCACAAGUCAGCAUUCGGUACAAUUCCAUGCCUGUCCCAGGACCAAAUGGAACCAUCCUUAUGGAGACCCACAAAACUGUUGGGCAACAGAUGCUGAGCUUUCCCCACCUCCUGCAAACAGUGCUGCAUAUCAUCCAGGUGGUCAUCAGCUACUUCCUUAUGCUCAUCUUCAUGACAUACAACGGGUACCUCUGCAUUGCUGUAGCAGCAGGGGCUGGUACAGGAUACUUUCUCUUCAGCUGGAAGAAGGCAGUGGUAGUGGACAUCACAGAGCAUUGCCAUUAAUGUCUAACUCCAUGGCGUGGCCUUACCGAUUACAGUGGGAAGCAGUUCGAGACUGGAAGAUGUGAUUCCUGGUCCAAUCAUCCCUUUUUGCUCCUGUCUCUUUAUACACACACACAUACACAUGCCCCUGCUCAACAGAAGUUUAGUUUACAGUCUCUGAGCUAAAGUGGUAACCUCCCAAACUUUUUUCUAAUAAGCUGAGAUUCCCAUAUCUCUUGAGGAGAAGCCACCCAUGAGAUGUCUUUUCCUCCUCCAUCAUUCUAGAUCUAAGUUAUAUGUUCUUGUCUAAUCUAGGUAGCUUUCUAUUCAAUGACUUGAUCAUCUGCUUCCUUUUUAAUCUUCUGAAUUUUUUUAAACAGACUGUAAGUGAAUUUGGUGGGUUUUUUCCCUGUGUGAGUGAUGGAAAGGGAUUAAUUUCAGCCAGGAUUAAUGGCAGCUGAGGGAAAUUCUUGCCCAACUAAACCCAGAACUCAAACUUAACAUUAGAAAAUAAGGUUCUGUCCUUGGACUUAAUGAGUGGGAGAUACAUUGUGCCUUUCUCUAGGUGUGAUGUGUUGCACCGAAAUCUUUGUAGUGUGCAGAAGAGUGGUUUGAGACUAAAUACAGGCCUAGGGCUUGCAGAGUGUGUAUUCUUGAAUGGCUAACUCAUCAGCUUGUGUUCUCACUUAACAUUUUGAUUAGAAUGAACUUGCCAGUCAAAAAAAAAAAAGACAAUCAAUUUGAGAAAAUAGAUAUUUUAAAAUAAAACCAUUGGCAUUUUA